AUGGCGACUCCAGAGAAGAAAGAGGAGGCCAAGAAGGUCAAGCCGUUGCUCGAGCUGGCCAAAUGCUCCAAAGCUACUCCUGCGCCGGACCCCGACGAGUACGGACCCAUCAUCACUAUUGAAGUCGGUACCGGGCCGCACACGCGCAAGUUCUAUGCCUACAAAGGCCUCCUUUCUCACUAUUCCUCCUACUUCAAAGCUGCCCUGAAGGACGACUGGAAAGAAGGUACUUUUAAGACUGUUGAACUAAAGGACGAGAAUCCGGAGGUCUUCCAGGCGUUCUUCCGCUGGCUCUAUACAGGAAAGCUCUACUUCGCGCUCGACGCUUCAGGGAAAAUUCCUCUGAGUGAGCAGCUUAUUUGCGAGAUCUAUGUGUUUGGCGACGCACGCGGAAGUACCGACCUCUGUAACACCGCAAUCGACCUGCUUCUUCAGAAGACACAUCAGGAGUGGAAAGUCCCGCUGAACCAAAUCGCCUAUGUGUACGAAAAUACCCUUCCAGGAUCAGCUCUUCGAAAAUAUCUUGUGGAUGACGUCGUCGAAACUUAUCGUUUCGGAGAUCUUUCAGACCUGAGCCAGCGGGAAUCUGAGUUGUCGCGAUAUCCCCAAGAGUUUCUUGCCAAUAUUGUCGUAGCAUUCAUGGCUCUCGGAUCGACUCCCAUUCCGUCAAGUGCAGGGUAUGGGAAGCUGCCUUUCGGCCAGGCCAACUGGGGCACGUACAUCAAGCCUUUGAUAUGUUCAAAGUAUCACGAUCACCCAACACCUCCAGCUUGA